AACUACAACGCAAACUUAUAUUUUAUUUUCGGUAUUUCAGUCUAUAUAUAAAGGUAGGCCUAUAUAUACAAAAUUGUAUGACAAUAAAAUAACAUCAAUAAUCCAUUGGUUCUAAUUUUAACUCGCCAUUGUGUACACCUUAAAAGAGCUAAUUAAUAUUAUUUUCCCUUGAGAACAUGUUUGUGUAUAUAUAUAUAUGUAUGAAAGUGUAGAAAAUAAAAACAAUAUAAAAUGUAAAUUCCGUAGAAUUAGAUAAUAAAAAAGAGGGGCAGGUCUGAGAGACAACGCAUAUUAUAUGCAUUAUAAACAAAAAGGUGGGGGCAUAAUGCAUAUGGAAAUGAUUAGGAAUAGAUUUAUUUUAAACAUCAUAUUUCAUUAUUGUUUUAUCUUGUAAAUUUUAAAAUAUCUUCUAUCGAUAGGCCUACAUUAUGUUCAACCUAGAUUUAGAUAUAAAUACUUCAUGGGAAAUUAGAUUUCGAUUGCAACUCAUAAACAAACAAUAUAUAAAAAUCCUUUAUUAAAAAAAAAACAACAACAAAGCUUUUAUAUAAAUAAUGUAAAAGUUGGUUUUUUUUUUUGUUUUUUUUAUAUCAAACAAAUGACCAAUGAUUAAUUGUCUGAUUGGUUAUAUUUUUAAACAGUUGAUAUCGUGUUUUGUUAGGUACCGGUUUAAAGUUUCAACUGAUCCGAGAAUGGGUAUUAUAUAUGGUAGUAAUAACGUGUACAAUUAUUUAAAAGGACAAAACCCGACAUAUCCAGCCAUAUCUGUGAAUACUGAAGAAUUAAUUUCCCUUGUUGGUAGUCCUAUUAAACAAAAUAAUUAAUAACCAGUAAUUAAUUGACUUUUGUAAAAAAAAAAAAAAAUCAUGUAUUGUCUUCGCCAAUUAAUAAUUGUGUAAAGUUUCAACUUGAUUCAAGAAUGGGUGUGGGAGAAAUAACAUUCUCAAACUUUUUACCAGAGAGACAGAUAGUUGAUAAAAGCUUUGUAAAAAAAAUAAAAAAAUAAUAAUACUUGUAUAGAUUAUAUUAGUCGUCCCGUCUAAGUUUUACUUGUUUUUCAACUGUCAUUUUUUCUAUGGCAAAUGCAUUAAAAAGUUGGAUCUCGCAAGUAGAUGUCUAUAAGGUCUAUAGACUCAAUAUCCAAAUAUAUUAUAGAUAUAAUAGAAUAGAGCUAAUUAAGUACGCCAAGUCCCACAUACAUUUCUGUCACACUCACAGUACUCAAGAUUAAUUUUUACUGGUCUAGAUCUAGAUCAAGAUCUAAGUAUUAGAUCUGGUCAUUCUGGUCCGUCACUGUGACUUGCGUUAGGCCCUCGUUUAAAUUUAAAGUCACUUACUUAUAUAUAUAGGCUAGGGACUUACUGACAGUCCUUACUAUAUUAGUAGACUAUAUAAUAUUAGUAUAUAGACUCUAGACUAGAUCUAUAUACUAUAUACUCUAUCAUAGUAUUCAUACGUGUUAAAAUUUUACUGCACAUUAAUUAUGUUCGUUAUUCUGAAGACAGCGAAGAUACACAACCUAAGCCAAAUGUUUACCAACAGUGGCAACAGACUGAACAGACUUAACUCUUUAAUUGGUCUGAGUCUGAGGAAAUGGCAUAUAUCUACUAGAUCUAGUUCUAAUUAUUAUAAUUAUUGUUUACAAGAAGCAAGAAGAAAUUUUAAGUAUUAUACAAAAGCUACCAAGAAACAGGAAACCAUUUCAGCCCCAGAGGAAAUAAAACCACCAUUGAAUGGUGUCAGAAUACUGGAUAUGUCUCGAGUUUUGGCUGGACCCUACUGUACUAUGAUUCUUGGUGAUAUGGGAGCAGAAGUAAUAAAAGUUGAACGUCCUGAUGUUGGGGAUGACACAAGAGCAUGGGGACCCCCUUUUGUUGCUUCAGAAAGUUGCUACUUCUUGUGUGUUAAUCGCAAUAAAAAGAGUAUAACUGUUGACCUGAAGAAACCACAAGGAGUAAAGCUGAUCAAAGAAUUGGCAGCCAUCAGUGAUGUUUUGGUUGAAAACUACAUACCUGGGAAACUCUCUGAAAUGGGAUUAGGUUACCCUGAACUCAGUGCUGAAUUUCCUCAUCUUGUUUAUUGCUCAAUCACAGGUUAUGGUCAGACUGGGGAGUAUGCCUCUAGAGCUGGUUAUGAUGUCAUAGUGUCUGGGCUGGGAGGCCUGAUGAACAUAACUGGACCUGCGGAUGGUGACCCAUGUAAAGUUGGUGUUGCUUUAACAGAUCUAUCAACUGGGCUGUAUGGUGUGAGUGCAAUAUUGGCUUCUCUCUUGUCAAGACAACAAACUGGAAGAGGACAACAUUUGGAUUGUAAUCUUCUGUCGACUAAUGUGACAUCAUUAGUGAAUAUUGCUUCUAAUUUUUUAAAUACUGGUCAAGAAGGACAACGCUAUGGGACAGCUCAUCCCAGUAUUGUCCCUUAUCAGGCAUUCAAAACAUCUGAUGGAUUUAUUAUUGUGGGAGCUGGCAAUGAUAGCCAGUUUAAAAUAUUAGCACAAUGUAUUGGUCACCCGGCACUGGCUAAUGAUGAAAGAUAUGCUACCAACAAAGCACGAGUCAAAAACAGAGAUGUUUUACUUCAAUUUCUCUUUAAAAUCUUUGAAGAAAAGUCUUUGUCUGAUUGGCUGAAAAUAUUUGAAAACUCAGGAAUUCCUUAUGGCCCAAUCAAUAACAUGAAGCAAGUAUUCUCUGAUCCCCAGGUUCUACACAAUGGUUUAAUACAAGAAAUCCCACAUCCAACGAUAGGAAAAGUUCGUGUGGUUGGCCCGGCUGUACGGUAUAGUGAGACAAAAACAGUGGAACCCACAGCUCCUCCACUACUUGGACAGCACACACACCAUGUACUUAAAGACAUCCUAGGUUACAGUGAGGAUGCUAUUGAGAAGUUAAAGAAACAUAAAGUUGUUUAAUGUUAUCAUCCUCUUAUCUUGUUCAGGGAAAAAAAUGGCAGUGGGUAUUUUUAUAUUAGUUUUUAAAAAAGCAAUUUAACGUGAUCUGAUUUUACAAUGAUCUGAUUUAUUUCUCUAAUGACUUAAUCUAAUUCAAUUAACUUGCAUAUUUACUACGGUAGCUUGGUGAAAGAUAUUUAUUGUCCUAGCAAUAAUCAGAACAGCAGCUGUGAUAAUCUGCAUUUUUUUUAAUGCAUUAAAAUCGUUUUUGUUUUUUUUAUCAUAAGCUGAUUUAUUAAUCUUUUUUUUUAUAAUUUAUAUUGGUUUCUUACAAAAUGAUGAAGUCCUAGACAUAGUCAUGUCCCAAUGCAGUCAUUUCUGUGAGAUACAUUAGUAAAAACCAUUGAUGUUACUGGGCUAUUCAGGCAGCCUAUUAAUUAGCCUAGUUCAUAAAAUUUUGACAUAGAGACAAAGGUGGUAUUCUGUUUUUGCUGAAGCUCAUUAAAAAGUAUUUCUCAGAAGGCACUAUCAAUAUUUUAUAUCUUUGAAUUCUUAUCUUUGCCUGCCCUAAGUUUUGUAGGACAAAUAGGAUCUGGGAGUCUUUCAUUCUGGAGAUGUAGCCUGACCGUUGGAAGUUUCAUCUUCCAAGUGUUUACACACUUUGCCUACCAGCUCUUUGUAGAACAUCUAUGUCACAUAAGUUUCCCUGCUGUUUGAUGCUAAGAAAUGUGCAUAUAGAAGGGAUUGAUUUUCCUGGCAUGUCAUCUAUUUAUUUUUCAUGUCAUGUGAUAAGUUUAUUUGUACACCAUAAGAGACAUGCUGUAAUGCUAUUUUUAUCUUUAUUAUUCAGUUUUGUUUGUCUUAUUUUUUAUUUUGUUUCAAGGCUGAUGCAAACAUUAUGCAAACGGUUAUUUGUGUUAAUAAGAACCAUUUAUUGUAAGAGCUCAAUCUCUUUGUAGGAAAUCCUGGACCCAUUGAUAGUACUGGACUAGAAAUGACAAAUUAUUUGAGUUUCUAAGCUUCUUUGUAGGCUAAGGUGGUAAACUCUAGCCAGCACUUCAGAGAAUUCCAAUUAAAUGAGAUCUUUUUGAAAGUGAAGGAAGGAUAGUACUGGUAAGGGACAACACUUUUGAUCUGUGCAUUUCUCUUUUAAAUAUUUAUGAUAGUAACAUUUCUAGUAAUUUUGCUGGAAUGAAAAUUGGUCUUGCUUAUUUCUUUAAGUUCUUUUGUUUUGUAUUUGGUUUAAUUUUAGCAAAACAUUACUCUGUAAUUGAAGGAGUUAAUGCAAAUAAUUUAGUUUGUUAGCUAGCUCUAUUUUUGUUAAGUUUUUAUUCUCCUUACAAUGAGAUGUUAUUUUCUUGGUUCUGAUGAAUGACCUUUUGGUUUGUAGUGAAUGUAGGGAUUAUUUUGUUGACAUGUUCCUUGGUUUUGUUUUGUUUACAUGUUAUGUUCUCACUUUUUGUUUUAAUUAAGUAUUCAGCCUGCCUUUAUUAUUAUUUUUUUUUAUUAAUGCUUUAAUUACUCGAGGUGCUAAACAAGUUUAAACUUGUCAUUUUACCCCAGUACUUUAAAAUAAAAUGGAAUUUAAAACAUUUUACUGUUAAUGCAUAAAUGCAUAUAUUUCUGAUAAAUAAUAUUCGUGGCUAUACACAUUUAAUAGUUUUAUACAUUGGCCAUUGAUUUUUGUUAUGGGCAAACUAUUGACUUGUAAUGUGAAAUGAAUGUAUUGUCAAUAUAGAGUUGUUUCCUGUAAUCUUUGUUAUUCUACAAAUUUAGAGUUUCUUCUUAACGGGCAGUAUUGAGAUUUCUUAAUUUAGUGCCUUUAACCUAUACAUUUAUUAUAGUAUUUAUUGUAGCUAAUAUAACAUGAGGUUGUAACUUAUGAAAAAUGUUUCUGACACUAAUUGAUAUUAAGAAAAAUUAUUUUAAAAAAUAUUUUUUUUUUAGACAAAGCUUAUGUUAAGUGUAGUUGUAUCAAUUAGUUUGGAUCAGUCAUGUUAUUAAAUUUAUAAUUUAUCUAAACUAACGAUAAUAAAUCUGUGCCAUUGCAAA